GUAGCCUAUGUGCUAAUCCAGACUAAUCUAUAAUAAUAUUAAAUAAUAUUUAUUUUAACAGGUCUGCACCCAAUCACAGGAACAACCAGUGAUAAGCAUCAAGUCGCGAUUCGACACGACAUUUGUCUGAAGUCAGUGAAGACGGACUAGAAACUUCAGAUGACGAUGACGACGCGCUCCCAUAAUAUUUUGAUAACAUUGGUCGAUACCGUAUCAAGCUCAAAUCAAGGAAGUGGUAUUUCAGACUUUUUUUAUCACUAUUUGGACAUGACAAUAGUAAAUGCUUGGCUUCUAUAUAGGAGAGUUAAUGAUCAGAAGGGAGAUACUAAAACACUUGGGCUGGCAAAUUUUAGGAUUGACUUAGGAGAAACACUUUGCAAAAUAGGUAUUCGUCAAAACUCAAGAGGACGUAAAUCUGAUUUGGAAAAGAAAAUCCAACAGAAACAACGCUCUCGUAACUGUCCUAUUCCUCGUAGGGAGGUACGGGUUGACGAGAGCCCACACUGGCCCGUAUGGAUGUAA